AUGGUGGUUCGGGAGGAUAGAGGGAAUCGCCAGCGCCAGAGAGUCUUCAACUAUAUUAUAGUGAUUCUCAUUCUGACAAAGCUCUAUGACUUCAACCUGGGGAGUGUCACGGAGAGCUCGCUGUGGAGGUCGACAGACUAUGGCACUACCUAUGAAAAACUAAAUGACAAAGUAGGCCUGAAGACGGUGCUGAGCUACCUUUAUGUCAGUCCAACCAAUAAGAGGAAGAUCAUGCUUCUUAGUGACCCAGAGAUUGAGAGCAGCAUACUGAUGAGCAAUGAUGAAGGGGCCACCUACCAGAAGUACCGGCUGAACUUCUACAUCCAGAGCUUACUCUUCCACCCCAAGCAGGAGGAGUGGAUUCUGGCCUACAGUCUGGAUCAGAAGCUGUACAGCUCCAUGGACUUUGGAAGAAAAUGGCAGCUCAUGCACGAGCGCGUCACUCCAAACAGGUUUUACUGGUCGGUGGCGGGUUUGGAUAAAGAACCUGACCUUGUGCACAUGGAAGCCCGGACAGCUGAUGGACGCACCCACUACUUAACGUGUCGGAUCCAGGAGUGCUCGGAGACCAAAAGGAUUGGACCUUUUUCACGCUCCAUUGAUGUCAGCUCACUUGUUGUGCAGGAUGAAUAUAUCUUCACCCAGGUGACAGCUGGUGGAAGAGCAAAUUACUACGUGUCAUACAGACGGGAGCCUUUUGCCCAGAUUAAAUUGCCCAAAUAUUCUCUUCCUAAGGACAUGCAUAUUAUCAGUACAGAUGAGAAUCAGGUGUUUGCAGCUGUUCAGGAGUGGAACCAGAAUGAUACCUACAAUCUGUACAUCUCUGACACCCGAGGAGUGUACUUCACUCUGGCCUUGGAAAAUGUGAAAAGCAGUAGAGGACUGGAGGGAAAUAUCAUCAUUGACCUUUAUGAGGUAGCAGGGAUCAAAGGCAUAUUCCUGGCUAACAGGAAGGUAGAUGACCAAAUCAAGACUUUCAUUACGUACAACAAAGGCAGAGAUUGGCGUUUGCUGCAGGCACCAGACACCAAUCUAAGAGGAGAUCCUGUAGUUUGCCAGCUGCCCUUUUGUUCCUUGCAUUUGCAUCUGCAACUCUCAGAGAAUCCAUAUACUUCAGGAAGCAUUUCCAGCAAGCAGACAGCUCCCGGGCUGCUGGUGGCAACAGGCAACAUUGGCUCUGAGCUUUCUUACACUGACAUUGGUGUAUUCAUCUCUUCCGAUGGUGGAAAUUCCUGGAGACAGAUCUUCGAGGAGGAAUACAAUGUGUGGUUUCUGGACUGGGGAGGAGCACUUGUGGCCAUGAAACACACGUCAAUGCCCGUUCGGCACUUGUGGGUGAGUUUUGAUGAGGGGAGAACCUGGAGUAAAUACAGCUUCACAUCAACACCACUUUUUGUGGAUGGAUCCCUUGUGGACCCUGGCAUAGAGACCCAGAUAAUGACAGUUUUUGGCCACUUCAGUCUCCGUUCGGAAUGGCAGCUGGUCAAGGUGGACUACAAGUCUCUCUUCGGCCGGAGGUGUAACAGAGACGACUACCAAACCUGGCACCUGCAUAAUCAGGGGGAGCCCUGUGUCAUGGGAGAGAGGAAGAUUUAUAAAAAACGCAAGCCCGGAGCCCAGUGUUCCCUAAGUUGGGACUAUUCCCAAACUGUAGUGUCAGAACCGUGUGUCUGUGGCCAAGGGGACUUUGAGUGUGACUAUGGCUAUGAAAGACACAGCAACAACCAGUGUGUCCCAGCUUUCUGGUUCAACCCAUCCUCCCUGUCCAAGGACUGCAGCAUUGGUCAAAGCUACUUGAACAGUACUGGGUACCGAAAGAUUGUAUCUAACAAUUGCACAGAUGGUUUGAGAGAGAAGUACAUGGCCAAGAUGGAGAAAUGCCCUGGAAAAGCACCUCGGGGACUACGCAUCCUCACUAGUGAUGGAAAAUUGGUCACGGAGCAGGGACACAAUGCCACCUUCAUCAUCCUCAUGGAAGAGGGUGAUCUCCAGAGGACAAACAUUCAGCUUGAUUUUGGAGACGGCAUCGCAGUAUCCUAUGCUAAUUUCAGUCCUGUUGAGGAUGGCAUUCGGCAUGUUUACAAGAGUGCUGGAAUCUUUCAGGUGACAGCAUAUGCGGAAAACAGCCUGGGCUCUGACACCGCUCUUCUCUUCCUACAUGUGGUCUGUCCAGUGGAGCAUGUCCAUCUGAGUGUCCCCUUUGUUGCCACCAGGAAUAAAGAUGUCAACAUUACUGCRGUGGUCUGGCCCAGCCAGGCAGGCACACUUACCUACUUCUGGUGGUUUGGGAACAGCACAAAGCCUCUCAUCACCCUGGAGAGCAGCAUCUCAUACACCUUUGCCAUGGAGGGGAUGAACACUGUCACGGUGCAAGUUGCUGCAGGCAACACUCUGAUCCAGGACACCAAGGAGAUCGCAGUGCAUGAAUAUUUCCAGUCACAACUCCUGUCAUUUUCCCCUAACUUGGACUACCACAACCCUGACAUCCCUGAAUGGAGACAAGACAUUGGCAAAGUCAUCAAGAGAGCUCUAACACAGGUGACUGGUAUCCCUGAUGAACAGGUCCUGGUAGCUGUAUUUCCUGGACUGCCUACCUCUGCUGAGCUCUUCAUACUGCCCUAUAAAAACACAACAGAGAGGAGGAAAAGCAGUGAGGCUGAUCUGGAGCAAGUUGUUGAAAUCCUUUUUAAUGCUCUUAACCAGAACCUGGUCCAGUUUGAACUGAAGCCUGGUGUUGAAGUCAUCGUGUAUGUCACUCAGUUAACGUUAGCGCCCCUGGUUGAUUCCAGCACAGGCCACAGCAGUUCGGCGAUGCUGAUGCUCUUGUCUGUGGUCUUUGUAGGCUUGGCUGUUUUUUUAAUCUACAAAUUCAAGAGGAAAAUCCCUUGGAUUAACAUUUAUGCCCAAGUUCAGCAUGACAAGGAGCAGGAAAUGAUCGGCUCUGUCAGCCAAAGUGAAAAUGCCCCUAAAAUCACCUUAAGUGAGUUCACAGACCCGGAGGAGCUGAUGGACAAGGAGCUGGACACGCGAGUGAUGGGAAGCAUCUCAACAAUUGCCAACAGCGAAAGCACAAAGGAAAUCCCUAACUGCACUAGUGUUUAAUACUGGAAAUCCACUUGGUCUACAACAUUUCUGACUUUUUAUUUGUAAUUAUUAUUGUUAUA